CCGGGUGGCGACACACCUGGCCCGCAGGUAGCCGGCGCCCGGGCGCUUUUCUGAGGCUGUAAGGGCCUGUUAGAGGCGCGUCCGCCUCGGGUCCCGGGGGCUCCCCGCGGGGAGGUGCGCCGGCGGGAGUCAUGGACCCGGGCCCGGGGGCCGCGGCAGGAGAGCGGCUGCCCGCGCCCCGGCCCCGCCGCCGCCGCUCCCUGCGCCGCCUGUUCAGCCGCUUCCUGCUGGCGCUGGGCAGCCGCUCCCGCCCCGGGGACUCGCCGCCCCGGCCCCAGCCCCAGCCCCAGCCGGGACACUGCGAUGGCGACGGUGAGGGCGGUUUUACCUGCGCCCCCGGCCCCGCUCCAGCCGCCCCCGGGAGCCCCGGGGAGGAGCGCCCACCCAGAUCCCAGACCCAGCUCCCCGCUGGCGAUGGGGCGCGGCCCCCGGGAGCGCAGGGCUUGAAGAACCACGGCAACACCUGUUUCAUGAACGCCGUGGUGCAGUGUCUCAGCAACACCGACCUGCUGGCCGAGUUCCUGGCGCUGGGGCGGUACCGGGCGGCACCGGGCCGCGCCGAGGUCACCGAGCAGCUGGCGGCGCUGGUGCGCGCGCUCUGGACACGCGAAUACACACCCCAACUUUCCGCCGAGUUCAAGAAUGCUGUUUCCAAGUACGGCUCGCAAUUCCAAGGCAAUUCCCAGCAUGACGCCCUGGAGUUCCUGCUCUGGUUGCUGGAUCGGGUGCACGAGGACUUGGAGGGCUCGUCCCGAGGGCCGGGGUCCGAGAAGCUUCAGCCUGAAGCCAGUAAAACCUCUGAGAACCUCCUGUCACCGACGGCUCAGCUUUCUCUAGGUCAAAGCUUUGUGCAGAGCCACUUUCAAGCACAAUAUAGAUCUUCCUUGACCUGUCCCCACUGCCGGAAGCAGAGCAACACCUUCGAUCCUUUCCUGUGUGUGUCACUGCCUAUCCCCUUGCGCCAGACGAGAUUCUUGAGCGUCACCUUGGUCUUCCUCUCGAAGAGCCAGCGGUUCCUGCGGAUAGGCCUGGCCGUGCCGAUCCUCAGCACAGUGGCAGCCCUGAGGAAGAUGGUGGCAGAGGAAGGCGGCGUCCCUGUGGAUGAGGUGAUCUUGGUUGAGCUGCAUCCCAGUGGACUCCAGCGGUCUUUCUUUGAUGAAGAGGAUCUGAAUACUAUUGCCGAGGGAGACAGCGUGUAUGCCUUCCAGGCCCCUCCACCCACCAGCCGGGAGCUACUUCUGGCUCGUCCGCCCGGUCUGUCGGUCUCCCCGCGCUUGGCGGCCCGCGAGGGACAGCGGGCAUCGCUGCCUGCCCAUGGGGAGAACAAGGUGCUGCUCCUCUUCUGUAACGUGGUGGGGUCGGGGCUGCAGGCCAGCAGGUUUGGGCCACCUUUCCUGAUGAGGGAAGACAGAACCAUUUCCUGGGUCCAACUCCAGCAGUGCAUUCUCAGUAAGGUCCGCUAUCUCAUGAAGAGUGAGGCCCCCAUACAGAACCCAGGGUCGCUGUUCUCCAUCCGGGUGGUGGGGCUCUCCCUGGCCUGCAGCUACUUAUCCGCACAGGACGGUCGGCCCCUCUGUCACUGGGCAGUUGAUAGGGCUUUGCACCUCCGGAGGCCUGGAGGGCCCCCCCACGUCAAACUGGCUGUGGAGUGGGACAGCGGAGCCAAGGAACGCCUGUUCGGGAGCCUCCAGGAGGAGCGGGUCCAGGAUGCGGACAGCGUGUGGCAGCAGCAGCAGGCGCACCAGCAGCAUAGCUGCACCUUGGAUGAGUGCUUCCAGUUCUACACCAAGGAGGAGCAGCUGGCCCAGGAUGACGCGUGGAGGUGUCCCCACUGCAAAGCCCUCCAGCAGGGCAUGGUGAAGCUGAGUCUGUGGACCCUACCUGACAUCCUCAUCAUCCACCUCAAAAGGUUCUGUCAAGUGGGCGAGAGAAGAAACAAGCUCUCCACGCUGGUGGAGUUCCCGCUCUCCGGCCUCGACAUGGCUCCCCAUGUGGCUCAGAGAAGCACCAGCCCCAAGCCUGAGCCGGGCCCCUGGCCCUCCUGGAGGCAGCCGGCCUGCCUGCCCACCAGCUACCCGCUGGACUUCCUGUACGACUUGUACGCCGUCUGCAACCACCACGGCAGUCUGCAAGGUGGGCAUUACACAGCCUACUGCCGGAACUCUCUGGACGGGCAGUGGUACAGUUACGAUGACAGCACGGUGGAACCACUUCCAGAAGAUGAGGUCAAUACCCGAGGGGCCUACAUCCUGUUUUAUCAGAAACGGAACAGCAUCCCUCCCUGGUCAGCCAGCAGCUCCAUGCGAGGUUCCACCAGCUCCUCCUUAUCUGAUCACUGGCUCCUUCGGCUUGGGAGCAAUAACAGCACGAGGGGAAGCCUGGUGUCCUGGAGCUCUGCACCCGGCCCCUCCCAGACCCAGGUGCCUGACCCUCCCGUCUUCACCAACAGCCUCUCCAGUCAGGAAAACGGAGGGUUGGAGUCCAGGCCUUUGGUACGGGGCGUACGAGGCCGAAGCAUUAGCAUGAAGGCGCCCACCCCUUCCAGAGCCAAGCAGGGGGCCUUCAAGACCAUGCCCCUCCGGUGGUCUUUUGGACCCAGGGAGAAACCACUCGGUGCAUCUGUCGAGUUGGUGGAGUACUUGGAGUCCAGACGGAGACCUCGCUCCACCAGCCAGUCCAUCGUGCAGCUGUUGACAGGAGCUGCUGGUGGGGACGAGAAGUCAGCAGCGCCAAAGUCUAACACCACUCUCUCUGCUAAGGGUGAAGAUAGUGGGCCAGCCAGUGAGACAGUACUGGCCGGAGUGUCCUGCCCCUCAGGCCACCCCAGCCACUGCGUGGCCCCUGGAAACUCAGAUGGUCUAAACACAGCAAGGAAACUCAAGGAAAAUGCAAGCCAGGACAUCAGGCUUCCCAAAAAGUUCAACCUACCCCUUGCGGUGAUGCCCUCGAUGGAGAAUGAGAAGCGAGCCCGGCCGGAGGGCCAGAGGACCGCGAACUGGAAGGGAGGUGGCCAGGCAGGGAGCAGCGGCAGAGCGCCCUCCCCCAAGGAGGUUCUGAGGACAAUGGCAUUGUCUAGAAACAGUGCAGACAGUCACCGGGGUACCUUCGCCAAGAUAAGGGCAAAUGCGGAAGGAAGGGACUCCGAGACAGACAGAGUCCCCCAGGGGACCCUCACCCUUCUGAGGUCUGUGUUUUGGAAGAAGGAGAACAAGAAUCAUGACAGGGCAGAGGUGGCCCCCCAGGCGUCCUCAGUCUCCCUGGUGAGUGGCAGGCUGAGCCGGGCCGUUGAUGAGCCGGCACAGGGCUGGUCUCCACCCCUCAGGAUCCCAGGGGACCCGGCCAGCCGCCUGGAGAGAGAUGUCCGGUCAGCGCCCAGCUCUCUCCACCUCCCUCGCAAGGCCGGCAGGCCUCCAAGGGGCAGCACCCUUGGCACGUCACAAAGGAGCGCUCCCGGGGAGCAGACUUCUUUCGGCACCUUGCAAAAGGUGAAAUACCACACUCUCUCCUUAGGUCGGAAGAAGACAUUGCCUGAGUCUAGCUUAUGAUGCUGUAUUCCCAUCUCGUGUGGAGCUUGCGGUCUCACGACUUUGCACUGGGCAUCUCUAGGCAGCCUGUGUUAGAGUGGGCUUUUGGGAAGCCAGUUGUCUUGUGAGCUCCGAAAAUAAAUGGUUUUGGUCUCUCCAGCUAGACUCCCACACCUUUGGUCCAAAUUAUCUUCCUGUAUUGUUGGGUGCUUUUAUACUUCUGGCCACAAGAGGAUGCUGUUGGGUCAGCAUUUCCAUUUCGGGGCAAGAACUGAUGUUUUGUUUAAAUAAUUCCAGGGCCUGAGUACCUGUGCUGGAGAGUGAUUUGGCACACCUUAGAGUGUAACUCUGUGGAGAAGCCUAGUUCAUAAGAAUCUUCAAUUCAAAUCAAAUAUUGUCAUUGACUUCUCCUUUUUGUAUCUUUUUUUAAGAAAAAAUUUAAAUAGUGGACUUAACAGGAAAGUCUUCUUUUCCUUGUGAUGCUUCUCUGGGAUAAAGCGUUAAAGAUGCCAAAAAAGUGGUUGUGACAGUAAGGCAGGGUUCUAGGAGUGAAAGAUGGGAGAGAAAUGAUUGAGAUUUUAGGAGAAUAUUUAAUAUAUAACAAAAUAGAUGUAUUAAAGUUUUUCAAGGUAUUUAAAAAAGAUAGCUAUUUUGAUACUAGGAAAAAAGGAAGUUCUUUUUUAAAAAAUUUAAGUGUGAGAUCUAUGUACAAUUUUAAUAAAAGCUCG